AAAAAAAAAAAAAAGCGAAUGUAAUCAUGGCAUCUGAGUGGUUUGAAAGAAAAAUAGUUUAUUUAAGUGACAUUAAUAAUGAAAAUGAUUUAAAAGAUGAAUUAGAGGCAAUUGAUAUUAAAUUAAAAAGUUUAACAUCAUUGGAAUUAAAAAAUGUCGCGAGUAAUUUAGAUUAUUCCCGGCUUUUUUGCCAGCUAACCUCCAACUAUGAAAGCAAAGAAAUACCUGACCGAGUUUGUAGCAUUUGCAUAACACUCUUCAGUGCCCUUGAACCUGGUGAAAUCUACCAACGUCAUCCAGCAGAGCUGAUGGAACACCUGUCUCACCAGGAAUCAUCAGUAAAAAACCUUAUUUUAACCGAACUGAAGAAAAUAGCAACUGAAAACCCAUCAAAGCUGAUCGCCGACACAAAUCUGCUGAAUAUUAUCGUCCAGCGAAUUGGAGAUGAAGACAUUGGAGUCGCUAAGCUGGCUAUGGAUGUUAUUAAAAAGGUUGGUAGUAAAGUAGCCGGUGCGAAAGCACUUUACAGCGGAACAUUAUUACGUACUAUCGCUAAAUUAGUAUCGAGAAACGACGAGAUAAGUUUCAGAGUCUACGAAGUUAUCGUUGACAUUGCAAAGUCCUCCAAAGAGUGUCUGGAUGCUUCUAUUAGCUCCGGUUUGCUUGACAGUCUGAUCAACAUCCUCGAGAGCGAUGACGUUCUGCUUCAGCUGAAUGCUCUCGAGGCAUUAACAGACCUGGCGACUUAUGACGAGGGUCUAAAUUACCUCGAGCAGCGUGGAAUAUUGAACAAUCUCAACAAAAAAAUAUCAAAUCCCGAUGAGAAUGUCCUGUCAAAUCUUUUGAUCCCUGGUCUGAUGAAAUUUUUUGGUAGCGUAGCCAAGAGUCGGCCUGACGAAAUAUUUGCCAAGUAUCCAAAUGUCGUUUACUCUUUAUUUGAAUUAAUUGAAACGACAGACGACAUGGUUUUGCUGAUGAAUGCUCUAGAUACUCUAGGUUACGUAGCGUCUACAAUUGACGGCAAAUACGCACUGCAAAAUUUAGGUAAACCCAUGGAAUCAGCGAUGAAUAAAAUUAGUGUGAUUAUACAUAAAAUGCCUACGGAAGUAAGAUUGCGCGGGCUAGAAAAUUUAUCACUGAUUUUGCAUGUCGAUCAGUCGAAACAAAAUAAUCGUAUCAGUUCUUUAGUUAAAUCCUGGUUUGGCUGUCUUGGUGAUGAUCCAAUGAAAACAAUUGUCGAAUUAUGUAAGCAACCAUUUCCUGAUAUUAAGCAAGCCAGUUUAAAAGUUCUUCUGGAAAUCGCAUCUCAUCCGUGGGGACAACAUUACAUCGGGACUUACCCAGGUCUCAUUGAAUUUUUAUUGAACAGAAAUUCAGAAGCAUUCAAAGAAUGUAAAGAAGUUAAAUAUGAGAUUAUUAAGUGUCUUGUUGGCUCUGAUUCUCUGGACAGCGCGACAAUGCAGCAGAUACAGAAAUUUAUAAGUGAAGGUCCGUUUCAUGUUGAUUCGGAAAUGGAUGUUGCUGUUGAGGGAAAUGCAUCAUAAUAAAUUUACUUAUAUAAUAAAUAUUUUUCACUUAUAAUUUUAUAUUAUCGACACAUUUUAUUUAUAGUUAUCCUGGGGUUAUUAAGAAACAAGG